AUGGACGUAAUCCGUCAUCUCCAUCAACGGUCAACGUUGGACAAGCUCACUCGCGGAGCAAUCGCAUCAACCACCUCUGAAUUCAAGGUCCACCGUUCUACCAUCUCCCGCAUCUGGAAGACCUUUCACCAAAACGCUCUCUUACCGUCAUUGAAGGCUGGCCGUGUUGGUCGACCGACAGUGUACACACCUGAAGUUGUCGCCAGCACUGUUCGUGAGUUGCCUCUAUCGCUUCGUGGCACGAUGCGUGACAUGUCCAAGGCCACGGGCAUUCCGCUCCCUUCACUGCAUCGAGCGUUGAAGGCUGGAACGAUUCAACGCCGCUCAACACGAAUCAAACCUCUGCUCACCGACGAAAACCGGGCUGAGAGGCUUGCGUUUUGCCACUCGCACGUUCGUCCCUCCGGUCCUCACGGCUCGCGUUCCGCUGCAAGCGGCGCCGGCAAAGCCGGUCUUUCCGAAACUGUGGUCUUGGACGACAUGUGGGACGUAGUUCACCUCGACGAAAAUUGGUUCAAUGCGGACAAGAACAUUCGCAAGAUCUACCUUACCGCUGCUCGCCCGCGAUACGACGAGGCGCGUGGCAUGUGCUUUGACGGCAAGCUUGGCAUCUGGCUCUUCCUGGAGUUCGCACCAGCUGCCCGUAACUCCCGCAAUCGCCCUGCGGGGACACUUGUCCCAAGUUUGGUGAAUGUGGACGCUGAUGUGUACCGCAACUAUGUCAUGACGAGAGUUAUUCCAGGCAUCAAGGCGAAGUUCCCUUCCGCGAGCAAACGUGUUGUACUUCAGCACGACAAUAGAUCUUUAAACCAGUAG